CUCCAAUCUCCCGCGUUCCGACUCCAGCGGAAACAGAAGACCAUUUUUUUCCUCUCUAUUUAAGCGCGCCAACAACGACUGUUCAAGUGGGUCUGUUGGGUCUUUGUGUUCCGCGGAGCAGGCUGCUGCUGGGAUUGUUGUCAUCUCGCUGGCCUCAGGUUAAAAAAGAAAACAUGUUGGAAGAAGCGUCCACCGCGUCGGGCUCUGGGAGUGCGGAAGAGAAGCCGUGCUCGUCCACAGCUGCAGCAGAAACUUCAGGAGACAUCAUGGAGGAGGCUAAGAAACUGAUCGGCACAGGGAAAAGGCAUCUGGUGAUGGGAGAUGUUGCUUCUGCUGUCAAUGUCUUCCAGGAAGCCUGCGGCAUGCUGGCUGCCAAGUACGGGGACACGGCGGACGAAUGUGGCGAGGCCUUCUUCCUGUGUGGGAAGUCUUUAUUGGAGCUUGCCAGGAUGGAGAACGGCGUCCUUGGCAACGCUCUGGAGGGAGUCCCAGAAGAAUCUGACGAGGAGGAAGAGCAGCCCAGCAACCCGAAUAUUGAGAGCCCCAAAAACCUUGAUGACAAAACUAGAGAAGAGCUGCGAAAGCAGGUCUACGAUGCGAUGGCAGAGAGGGAACAGAUGGAGGCUCCCCGCUCUGAGGCCGCGUCUAAAGACGCCGGCGACACCGCGGUGGAAAACGAAAACCCAGAGCAGGAGGCGCCCGUUAAAGAUGGGCCAGAGGAAGCCUUGAGUUCUGCUGGAGUUGGGGCAGAAAAAAGUUCUUUCCAGGGAACUGAAGCGGUCCCAGAUGUUUCGGUAGAAGAUUUGAAAGAAGACUCUGAGGAAAAAGGGGAAGGAGUUGAAGAAGCAGAUGCUGACGGAGGCUCAGAGGAUGAUGACGACGAUGAUGAUGACGGUGAUGAAGAGAACAAUGCACAAGAUGAUGAGGAGGAGGAUGUUGGGAAUUUGCAGCUGGCUUGGGAGAUGCUUGAGGUGGCCAAAGUCAUCUACAAAAGAAAAGAAAGCAAAGAUGACCAGCUGAUGGCAGCACAGGCUUACCUGAAACUUGGAGAAGUUAGUGCAGAAACAGGUAACUAUCCUCAGGCACUAGAAGACUUCCAGGAGUGUCUCACCAUGCAGCUGAAGCUCUUGCCUCCUCACAGUCGCCUGCUGGCAGAGACCCACUACCAUGUCGCUACAACGCUCUGCUCCAUGGAACAGUACAACCAGGCCGUGCAGCACUACAACAGCUCCAUAAAGGUCAUCGAGACGCGCCUGGCGAUGCUCCAGGAGGCUAUUGACGCCGCUGGUGGCGACGCGGAGGAGAAAAGCGAGCUGGACGAACUCAAACAGCUCCUUCCUGAGAUCAGAGAAAAGGUGGAGGACGCCAAGGAGAGCCAGAGAACAGCCAGCGCCGCCUCACAGGCCAUCCUACAGACCUUGGGGGCUCCCUCCACUUCGUCCACGUUCCCCUGUGAAAAUGGCGGCGCUUCAUCUUCAGCUGCCUUUGCCUCAACCAGCCAGAUUCCAGUUAAAACGUCUGGAGCCUCAUCUGAUGGAGCCUCGUCCUCCAGAGCGGUGUCGGAUAUCUCUCACCUCGUUAGGAAAAAGAGGAAACCAGAAGAGGAGAGCCCGGUAAAGGACACAGAUGCUAAACAGCUGAAACAGGAAGCCACAGUUAAUGGCAGCGGUGACUCUAGUGCCAGCAACGGCAAAGAAACCCAGGAGGGAAAGUCGCAGGAGCCUGCCAGCCACUCGGCAUCAUGACCGUCUUCAUCCUCUCCCUGACUCUGAAACCAGCACAGCAUGCCUCCUCAGCGCCCCACCAUCCACUACUCGUUUUGUUUUUCUGUAAAUACAACCCAUUUUCACAGAUUUGUCUUUCAAGUUUUGUAUACUUGUAGUAAAAAUAAAGAAUUUGCAGAUGAAAAUGU